CUCCUCUUCUGUUUCUUUGCAGAUGAAUGCGGCCAUAGCGGCGGCGAAGAAGAAGACGACGACGACCCGGCCGACAGCGACGAGGACGUCGUCACCGACUACCACCGGCUGCCGCCCACCGAGAUGCUGCCCCGGCCGGGCGGGGGUGGCGGCAUGGGCGCGCCGCUGCCCACCAUCAGCGUGACGCCGCACUCGCCCGCCAACAAGACGUACAGCGUGCUGGAGGACAGUCUGCAGCAGGUGCGCGAGCUGCACGAGAGCGUGCAGCACAUGAGGAACGUCACCGUGCAGAGCAGCUACGGUGCGAAUUCGAGGGACUUCGCUGCGUUCGCCCUGAACCCGCUGCUAGCUCAGGUGGCCAGACUCAGCGCCAGUUGCCCCUCUCUCAACGAGUCUGCGCAGGAGCUCGACUUCAUCGGAGGUUCUCUGGGCUCGUCACCGCUACAUCAGCCGCCCAGCAGGAAAGGGAGCGGUACUCAAGAUUGGUUAUGUCAACCAGAAACCCAUAGAAGAAGGUCAUGGACUGCCCUAGAGGAUCUAACUGGAAACAAGGACAAGAUCAAGAAUACUCGCCAAAGGAGUAUUUCUUUGAGCAGCAUGGAAUCUGAAGCAGACGAAUCCUCACUGAUAGACAACGUAGAUGGCAGCACUAUAAGACUGUUGGGACCUGAUGCCCCAAUUGUGUUGAGACAUCGAGGAACUAGAAGCAGUAAUGGAGGUGCCAGUACACACUCCUUGAACGAAGCUGACCUUCAGAAUGAUUUCAACAAACUUAAGGCCAAAAGGGAGGCUGAACAGUUGAGGCUACUUCCUGCUAGAUUGCCACUCCAAAAGUCGAUAUCGACUCCUUCGAUUAUUGCUGUCAGAGAUUUGGCACCUGAGCCUGUCUUGGCUGGGGCCCAACCUACUUUACCACUUGUUCCUUACGAUCGCCAUUCAGAAAAGAGAAGGAAAAGAGGAAGCUUGUUCUUCAGGAAAAAGAAGGAUAAGACAAAAAAAAAUACUCAUCAGUGGGUAUCCGGAUGUUAUGGCACAUCUCAAGUCUGUGAUGUCUGCACCAAACCGUUAAGCAAUAAACCUGCCCUUUACUGUGAAAGUUGUGGUACAACUGUACAUCAGAAUACAUGUAAAGACAAUAUGCAAGAGUGUGUUAAAAUAAAAAGUGUGAAGAGUACAAGUAAAUUAUCAGGAUUUGCUGUCCCGUUGACGAAUGCCAAGAAUUCGAUAUCCAAACGAGGAUCUGGUUCGUUCCCAGGAUCUCAAGGCAGUGCCACUAGCUUCCCUGAAGAUGUUCCAAUUGUUCCUUUGGAAUUUUUGUCGGAUUCACCAUUGAUGGCAGCCGACCUCUGUUCAGAUAUUAGUUUAGGGCUCCACGAAAGCGAACCUGAUUCUUGGUCACCAUAUGUGGGCAAAGAUAUUUCCAGAAAGUUGAAGGAAAAAGAGGUCAAGCGCCAAGAGCAUAUCUAUGAGUUCAUAUUGACCGAGAAACACCACUGCAUGACUUUGUUAGUAAUGCAAAAGGUUUUUGUAGAUGGUUUACAAAAAUAUUUUCAACUGGGCCCCAAUCUGGAAAGGAUGUUUCCGAGACUCGUUGAUCUGACUGAGCUACAUUUAGGAUUACUGUCGAGGUUGAGACAAAGGCAGAGGGAGAGUCCUGUGGUGUCUUCUAUCGCCGACAUACUUUUAGAGCAGUUCUCCAAUCACCAUGCAUCAAAACUCAAAUCAGCAUAUGGCGAGUUUUGCAGCAGACACAGGGACGCCGUCGAAAUCUACAAGUACUACCUGCAGAACGACCAGCGCUUCAGCGAGUUCGUGAAGCACUGCCAGACCAACCCUUUGCUGAAGAAGAAGGGCAUCCCCGAAUGCAUCCUGUUCGUGACGCAGCGGCUCACCAAGUAUCCGUUGCUCAUCGAGCCGCUCAUCAAGACCAGCAAGGAGAACAGGCAGGAGCAGGAGGCGCUGCAAAGAGCUCUCGGGCUGGUCAAGGAGGUGCUCGUGGAGGUGGACGCCCAAGUGGCCGAAAGGGAAAAAGAGGACAGGAAGCUGGAGAUCUACAAUCGCAUCGACGCCAAAUCGUACACGGUCCACAGGGACCACAAGUUCAAGAAGUCGGACAUUUUGCAGGGGAAUCGCUCGCUGAAGUUCGAGGGGGUGGCGAUGUUGAUGCAGGGCCGGGCGAAGAUGCAGAUCGUGCUGGUCAUCGUCCUAUCGGACGUUUUGUUUUUCUUGCAGGAGAAUUCCCACAAGUAUACCUUCUUCACACCCGACAAUAAGGCUGGUGUUGUAUCUUUACAAAAAUUAUUAGUGAGAGAGAAAGCUGGACAAGACUCGAGAGGAAUCUAUUUGAUUUCUUCAAAUCCUGCAGAUCCUGAAAUGUUUGAACUGAAAGUACACAAACCGAAGGAUAAGCAGCAGUGGAUUCAAGCAAUAAGAGAAGCAGUUCAAUCGUGUCCUGAAGAUGACGACGAAAAUAUUGCCUUGAGUUCAGAUGAACGACUAACCCUUUUGAAUGCCAAACAGAACCAAGUCAGACAUCUCAUCGGACAAUUGAGACAGAAGGACAUAGAACAGGCUCUAUUGUUGGAAGAGAAGAUGUCGCUGCAAUUGAGGCUCUUGGCUGCCGCAGGACUGGAGCCUCCAUCGCCCCCAUCCUACAGACAUCUGGUCAGCGAAAAUGCGGACACUGGACAAAUGUGGAAGGAAGUACUGACGGCUGUCCAAGAAGUUAGUCAAUUGGCCAGUUCUCUUUACACGACCGGCACGAAUUUGUCUAGGAGCGUCAGCUCAGCGGGAGAGCAUCAAAGCGACACCUACGUAUCUCCGAUUUUGCCCAAAAGGGCCGAAACUUUCGGCGGCUUCGACAACUUCAAUCAGGGCCCCAUCAAGUUGCUGGGGAAGAAACUCUCGACUGCUGGAACUCCUGCCGGUACCCCCGAUUUGGAUAACAUCAAACCUGGUGAUUCGAGAUUAUUUGAACGGUUGCCUUAUAGAAAUUGUGUGAUAUCUGGAGGGCCUUUAACCAAUGGAAACACUGUAAUUGUAAAUACGGAAAACCAACAGAACCAACAGCUGUCGCAGCAGCAAUUGUUGGCCGGGCCAGACGGACCCGCUCUGCUGUCGUUAGGCAGAGAACAGCAAUAUGCGGCGAUACAACUAUCUCACUACGUGUACACGUUGCUCUGCAUCAUCUCACAAUUGAUGACGACUAAUGAGAGUUUGCAAGCUCAGAUAAUGACAUUGAGAGGUGGUGCCGAUUCCAGAAUGUACAGGCACAAUCAGCAGUUGGAGGAAUUGCGCAAUCUGCAGGACAAAUUGAGCGGUGAAAAAACUGCUUGGAUGGCGACGAAGGAAAUGGAAACGAAAGAACUUGAAGAGAAAAAAGCUGAACUAUUGAGGCUUCAGGAGCAAGUCCGCGCCGAGCAGGAGGACGUCACGCAGCAGCGCGAGCAGCUGUUCAGGAAGAUGGAGGUGCUGACGAGCAAGGGCCUGCUGACGAACGUGCCGAUGCCGGCGCCCGCGAGCGUGGUCUGCGCCGCGACGCCUUGCGCCGACGACGGCGGCAGCAGCCGAGAGACGUCGGAGGACAGCAGCCCGCAGUCGGACACGUCGUCGGGGGCGAGCGGGACAGGGGGGACGGGCGGGACGGGGUUGACGCACUCGGCGUCGUCGGUGGAGAGGAGGAAGGAUCCCAAGUGGACGAAAGCAAACGCUCAAAAAUCCCAGCUUCCGAUAAAUCUGAUAUCGGCCACGAACCAGCAGAAAGUAUCCCAGAACGUGUCGAUAAGGCAACAGAUACCGCUGAAGCUGGCCUCGAGGCUGAGCAACGAUAGCUUGAAGUCCAACAGCGGCGGCAUCCAGCAGAUGCUACCGCUGAAGCUGAGCCAACAGGAUGAGAAAGUGCGCAGGACCAGCACGUCCGGGUAUCAGAGACUCGGGUCGGACAGCUUCAGUCCCCCUUCAGGAGAUACGACACCGACCACAACGACGGCGCACAUCCACAGCCGGACCGGCUCGAGCCCCGCCAUGAUGCAAGCCUCCCCGCCGACCUCGCCGCCGGGCGGUCCCCCUGUCGCCCCCAACGCGGGGGGCGGGGCCAAGGCGACGCGCACCCACACCUACCCCAAGCUGCCCGACAAGUUCAAGAAAGUGUUGACAACAUUUGAAUUUCUAUACAUCUAUGUUCAAGGUGCGCAACGAGCAGCAACAGCAGCAGCAGGCCGAGGAGGAGGUCAUAUACUUCUGACGGCUUUCGAGCAGGACGAAGCAUUUCAUUUACUCGCUGAUUCACACCAAGGUAUGAGUUUUAAAGUGGUGCGCCCAAGUCCAUGGCCUAGGUUGGCCUUGGUAAUCCGGGCCUGGUUGAGGGUUGAAUAUAAAGGUGGCCCCCACAUGAAGUAA